CUGCAGCUUUCCUGGCUUGACAGCUGUCACCGUACGCCGAGGUCAAGGGGAGAGAAGCAUGGCUGCGUUGUUUAGAGGGUCCCGAAAUUUAUUGUUAAGGUGGAAUAAGCAUGUCGACUUUGCCUUCGCAUCAACACGAUCAAUGGCCUCCAAGACACCAGUGGGGUUUAUUGGUCUGGGAAACAUGGGCACUCCCAUGGCCAAAAACCUGUUAAGAAAUGGUUAUCCCGUCAUUGCUACUGACGUCUUUCCUGAGUCUUGCAAGGAGCUACAGGACACUGGUGCCCAGGUAGUGGAUUCCCCAGCAGAUGUGGCAGAGAAAGCAGACCGCAUCAUCACAAUGCUACCCUCAAGUCCCAAUGUCAUAGAGGUCUACACAGGCCCAAAUGGCAUCCUCAAGAAGGUGAAGAAGGGGACUUUGCUGAUUGACUCCUCCACAAUUGAUCCUGCUGUGUCUAGAGAAAUGGCCGUCGCUGCAGAGAAGAUGGGUGCUGUGUUCAUGGACGCUCCGGUGUCAGGAGGUGUUGGGGCUGCCAGCAUGGCCAAACUGACCUUUAUGGUGGGUGGAGUGGAGGAGGAAUACAACGCUGCACAGGAGCUGCUCACCUGCAUGGGAGCCAAUGUUGUCUACUGCGGACAGGUUGGCACUGGACAGGCAGCUAAGAUCUGCAACAACAUGCUGCUGGCCAUUGGAAUGAUUGGGACUGCAGAGACCAUGAACCUUGGCAUCAGACUGGGUUUGGACCCCAAGCUGCUGGCGAAGAUCCUCAAUAUGUCCUCAGGUCGUUGCUGGUCCAGCGACACGUACAACCCUGUCCCCGGAGUGAUGGAGGGAGUCCCCUCUGCCAACAACUACCAGGGCGGCUUUGGAACCACACUAAUGGCCAAGGAUCUUGGUUUGGCCCAAAACACUGCUACCAACACUAAGACACCGAUCCCUCUGGGUUCCCUCGCCCACCAGAUCUACCGAGUCAUGUGCUCUCGCGGCUACGCUAACAAGGACUUCUCAUCCGUCUUCCAGUUCCUGCGCGAGGAGGAAGGACAGUGAAUGGAGGGGUAGCACAGCUGACUCUGCUGCUACCAUACACACACACACACACACACACACACACACACACACACACACACACACACACACACACACACACACACACACACACACACACAUCAGAACCACACACCCCAGUGCCCCUUAUCCCACUAUGCUCAGGAGAGACUAAGGCCUUGCCCUCAGGCACAGAUCUGCGGUCCAAUUAACAUACUGUAUGUCGACACAUGUCUCCUCAUUGCAUUAGCUGAAUCAUAUAUUCAAUCGAUGGCACACCCUCUACAUGGAGGAAAUUCUAAAUCUGACCUUAGCUCUAUCUAGAGGCAAGCCAACUCUCUUUCUAGUCUAUACUGAGAGACCAGGGUAGGGAAAACAAGAGGUAGGAUGAGGUGCUGCAGGUUUACAUGUAACAAUGCAAAUACUAUGUGAUUUUUCAGGAUGAUUGAAAAGUAAUAACUGCAGGAAUGUUAAAGGUUAAGUAUGUUUUUGUUGGAUUUGUGCUAUUUGCCUGUUACCCAAGUUACAUGAGCCUGUCCCUGUUAAAUGAGAGGACAGAAAAAAAACGGUAAGGUUUUACAUAAUGGUAGAAAUGUAAUCAAAGAGAGUGCAAGAGAGUCCAGAGGUUGUGUUAUAAUUUAGCUGAUGCCCAUAUUCACAGCAUUACAUGUAAGGUUGCCCAAACUGGAAACACUUUAGGCUCAAAGUUUACUUGUCUUGUUGUAUUUAUCAGUUUUUGGCAGGAAGGAGCUGUAGUUCAGUCACUUACAUGUGUUCCUGCCAUUGCACUUUCAUCUGUUAGCUUCAUUAUUCAAUAUUUCAUUAAAUCUUUUUUUUUUUUUUUUUUUGCCUUGUGAAUACACUAUGGUUACAGCACUUUGGGUCCUUUGGUACUACAUUUACAUCUUUACUCACUGGAACGCCCAGUUCUGCUCUGCAAUACUGUGAGAUAAAUAUCUGGUUAUUUUUGCACCAUGUACAUCGCAGUGCGAUGUGCUGGGCCGUUUUGAUACAGUUACAGAAUCUAUUUGAACUUACCUCUUUUUCUCUACUGUCUACAUCUGCCUGUUGAGCCACGGGAGUAUUAUUUUGUGACCAAUACUGUUCAAAUUUUAUACUAUUCACUACAAAAUGUUAUUCUCACUGUCUUGCACCUUUCUUUAUGCAUUUUUGUCCUCACAUAUUUCUCCUCUCUGUCUGUCCCUCUUCUCUGUGUCAAUGAUAUCUAUGUAAAGUGUUAGUGAGGAUUUGCUCCUCCCUGCUCUGAGAAAAUGUACAUAAUGUAUAUUUAAUUUUGUUGUGUAGUAUUGAAGAGGAAUCUAAAUGGACUGUCACUUUUUUUUUAGUAAAAUUCAUCAAUAGUGUCUACAGUCUGUCUUUGCUCUGUGAAACAGACCCUCAGUCGCACUGUAGCCUAAAAUAAAAGAUGUUCUGUGUA